AUGGACGCAACAGAAGGUAGCCCUGGCGCUGGCCUGCCACGGCCAUCCGAGUUUGACUUCAUGUUCACCGACGAGGGGUGGGCCUUGCUGUCCGAGGAGAGACGCCGCUCAAUCAUAGGAGUUCUGGAUCAGGACAGAGAAGAGAAGACCCGCCUCCAAGAGCGCCGUCAGUCCCGAUCCCGGAAGGACCGCCGCAAGGAUCCUCGGCCGGGCAAACAGAUACACCCUAGUAAGAGCCUCGACCCUAACCUGUCCAGAGAUGUUCGGGACGAUUCAGAUAACCUUUUGUGGAUCCGACAGCAUCGCGUGCUCAACCAUUCAGACUCUGUACCUGUGCUGCCGCCGAUGCGCUAUACUUCCUGCCAACUCCUCGGGAACGGAUGCUCUCAUUAUCCUCACCCUAUGCUGCAAUUUUUGGCUGUUUUUGUCCAGUUUUACAGGAACGCCUUGAAUGUCAUGCGUGGCAAUACACAUAUUCAUGUCUAUGGCUUGCUUGCUGUAAGGGAUUCCUUGGAUUCUUCCCGCAACUAUAUUUUUCAACGCUCCAGGGAGAACGCUCAAGCUAUCGACGUGAAUGGUGGUUUUCUAAGUCUGAGCUACCCUGCACGGGGCAUAUCUGCAAUCGGCUGCCUGAUUGAAAUUGAUAUAAAGAUCAAGGGCAAGGAAGUUGACAAAGAUUUGUCAAUUAUUGAUGGAUCUGUGAAAGCCUUUGGGCAGUUUGACUCGACAACGGCUAACCAUGUUGAUAACGUCAAUGGCGGCUUCAAUGUGCUGAUGCGUGCCAAAACUGUCCGUGGUAAAGCUGUCUACUCCUUUAUCAGUGAGUGUUGUGAUGAUGACAGCUUUAUAGCUUCACCUGGGAAGCAUAAUAAGAAAUUUGUAGCUGCUGUGAGCAUAGGCGAUACACUAUGUAUAGACUUCAUGGAGAAGAAGCGAGAAGCGCUCUCUUUUGUAUCAUCCAAGCACGGCAACGAGCAGCUACCUUAUCGGUUCAGCAACGGAGCUUUGGUCUUUGUUAAAGUCUUUUGGUCAACCAUCGUCGACGGUUGGCCAUUGGGUCUGUAA